AUGAGGGCCACCGAGGCGAAGAAGGCGACCGAGCUGAAGAAGGCCGCCAAGUCGAGGAAGAUGGCGGCCGACCCCGCGAGCAUGACUUCGUCGCGAGAGGAACCCGCCGCUGCGAGCAAGGCGGCGGGCGCAACCGCUAGCUCAGCUGGGCCGAUCGCCGGGAGCAGCCCCUCGGCGAGUGCGAGCAGCGGCGAGGUGGCAAAGGCGGGCGUCGAGUCGACCGCGGCGCGGGGUCCGGACGUUGCUCCCCCUGUGGCGGAGGAGGAGAUGGCGGGUGCCGAGUCGGCGGCGGCUCGUAGCCCAGAUGACGCACCGCCCGGAGCAGGGAAGGUGCAGGGCGCUGUGGAGGGGAGCGGACUGUCGGCGAAGAUGAAGGAGCACCGAACCAAAGCCGCCAGGGAUCACGCUCACCCUAUCAGCCCCGAGGCGCCAGCCGAGGAGACGCCAUCGACCGAGGUGAUGGUGCAGGGGGGCGGGACGCACGAGUCGCGUCGGCCUCCGCUAUCGUCUUUAUCCUUUACCGAGCUUCACACGGUGCUCGGCGAAGUCCAUGUGGCGGAGGUGAAGCGUCUGACGGCGCUCGUGGAGGAGGCGGCGAAGAAGAACCGCCAACUCAUUGCCAUUGGCACAGAGGCGCAGGAGAGGGCGCUUGCCGAGGCCCGCGAAGGGUUCGUGAAGGAAUCCUUCUAUCGGGAGGCUGAAUUCCGGGCGACCCAGGCUGAGGAGGCGAAGAAGAAGGCGAAGGCGGAGAUCGCGGACCUCACAAACAAGGGCAAGCUUGAGGCUGCGGCGGAGGACAGGGACACGGCCCGGGGCGCCGCGGCGGCGCUGCGGGAAGAGAUUGCGGCCCUGAAGCAGCAGCACGCUAAGGAGCUCGCCGCGGAGAAGGCGGCGUCGGAGGGUGUUGUCUUGGCGGUGCAAGCCGAGAAGACCAGCUUCGAGGCCUUCGUCCGCGAGAUGUCGCGGCAGCUUCUUGCUCGUGGAAGUGCCAGUCGCUCACCACUGCGAGUCCGCUGCGGGGGCAACCUCGAGCGUGGUGAGUCCGCCUCAAGGUGCAAGCUUGUGGAGACGGCGACCCCGCGGGAGUGCCUGGAGGCUGCGACCACGCGCAUCAUCGCCUGUGCUGGCGAGAUUCUGGCGGCGCUCCAGUACCUUAGUCCGCGGGAGGUGAUUCCUCGUGACGCGCCGUCGGUCUUUAAGGCCUUCUCCGACAUCCCGGCGGUAGUCGACUGGCUCCGCCGAUCUUCUUGCCGGGUGGGCGUUACCAUGGCGUUGAGCAUGGUACUUGCCCACUACUCGGAGGGCUUUGACGUGGAGGAAGUGACGGCCAGCUUCCCAUGGAGACCGGCGAGUUCGAUGUCGCCGAGGUGA